AUGGAAUCAAAUUCAAACGAGAACAACUCAAAGCCUGAAUGGACAGCCAACCGAAACAUUUACAUCACAGAUGUUUUCGAGAAUAGUAGUUACGAAAUAAACAUCAUCUCGAUGAACCCCAACCUAAGCCUCAUGACAAAUCGCUCAAAUAGAACAAGCAAGAACUACGAAAACACUUCCGAUGAACAUUUGAACCAAAUUUGCGGUAACUUAACACAUUUGGAUAGCGAAGACGUUUUAUCUCUCAACAUCGUUCGGUAUGGCUUAACAUUUUUCUGCUGGCUAUGUAUCCUCCUUUCUACUUGUGGCAACUUAUUCUGGAUCAUCUUUAUGUGGAAGUCAUCCAAAAGCAACAAAUCUUCCAACAUCAUACUCAUUUUGAAUCUGGCAGUCUGUGAUUUCAUCAAAUCGACAAUAGUUGCUCCACUCAGUAUCAUUGAACUUCAUUUGUCACAGUACAGACACGAUGGUGGUAAUAUUAGUUGUUGCCGCUUUUUGAUCUUUUUCAUGUUUUAUUUGGCCUUUGUAGGAUUUCAUACCGUGGUGGCAAUAAGCCAGGAGAGGUUAGUUCUCAUUUGUUUCCCAUUUCAUUUUCGAAAGUGGUUCAGUCGAAACGUAGCUCUCAUGGUCAUUUUCAUGAUAUGGGUGACUUCCUUUAUGUUUUCGCUGCCAUUUUCUCUAUUGUACGCCAAAACGGUUAAAGUCUCCAUGUCUUACGGAACUGUCUUCUACAUGUGUUCGUCCAUAUUUUUCUGCUCCGAUGAAAUUUCUAGUGCAAAAACUUACAUCAUCAUCAUUGCCAUCCUCUACUAUUUUAUUCCAGUUUUAAUUAUUUCUACAUCGUAUGCGAAAAUAUUUUGUAGUUUGGACGAAGCGAUAAACAAAUUGAAAUGCAGUACGUUUAAUGAGCUUAAAAAUGGUUCGGAACUAAAAGCUGAUGUUCAGUCUUAUCCAAAUGCUGAUCAAAACCACCAACAACCACUUUCAACACAAAAAUUAGUAAAAAACAGCAUUCUAGUGUCUCAAAAUUUGUCCAUUCGAAUGGAAAGUUUCCAUUCAAGAACACCCUCCAUCAACACUUUGAAAAUAAUCCAACGCCGAAGAAUUCUCUCACAGAUGAUGGUAGUGGUGGCCGUCUGCUUUGUACUCUUUCAAGGACCACUCAUCAUCAUCUACAUCUGCUUCAGUUUUGGUUACAGAAUCGAAACAAAUUUCCUCUUCAUAAUUAUCAUCGUUAAAAGCCUACCAAUGAUUAGCUCUAUGAUAAACCCAUUUGUCUACUCUUCAGGGUGGAAGAUUUUCAAAAAUCACUAA